AUUUGGUUAAGAAAUUUGACAAUAUAAAAUAAGUUUGUAUAAACAUCCAUAGAAACAAACUUAUUUUGAUGGAAUUAAUUUACAAACCUUUUUAUUAAAUCCAAUAUAAAUAGGCAUGCCGCCUCCCUUAGAUCCUACCUUGUUAGUUGGAAGUUGGAAAGAAUGGAGCAAUCAAGAUUCGUAAUCCCCGCAUCGGAGGUGGAAUCGAGGGAGGCCCUCCCCUCCCUCGUCUCCUCCUCCGAGCCCCUAGUCCGCACCCCCAUCUCCAACUUCAACGUCGCCGCCGUAGGCCUCGGCGCCUCCGGCCGCGCCUUCGUCGGCGUGAACAUCGAGUUCCCCGGCCUCCCCUUCCACCACACCAUCCACGCCGAGCAGUUCCUCCUCACCAACAUGUCCCUCCACGCCGAGACCACCCUCCACUCCUUCGCCGUCUCCGCCGCCCCCUGCGGGCACUGCCGCCAGUUCCUCCAGGAACUCCGCCACGCCCCCGACGUCCAAAUCCUCAUCACCUCCGACCCAAACCCUAGCUUCACCCCUCUCUCCCACUUGCUCUCCCACCACUUCGGUCCCCACGACCUUCUCCCCCAGAGCGAACCCCUUCUCUUGGAGCCUCGCCACAACAACCUCACUCUCCCAAACCCUAAUUCUCUUACUCUUGCCGCUUUAGAGGCCGCCAAUGCUUCCCACGCGCCCUACAGCGCCUGCCCCUCUGGCGUGGCGCUUCUCGACUCCAAGGGGGCUCUUUACAAGGGCUCUUACAUUGAGUCCGCCGCUUAUAACCCCAGCUUGGGGCCCCUACAGGCCGCGCUCGUCGCCUUUAUCUCCGCCGGCGGUGGGGACUAUGAGGACAUUGCGGCGGCGGUCUUGGUGGAGAAGGAGGGGGCGCUCAUCAAGCAGGACCACACCGCCAGGUUGUUGCUCCACUCCAUAGCGCCCCUGUGUCGCUUCGAGGCUUUUCUUGCAACUUGAACUCAACAACAUUCUUAUUAUUUCUCUCUACUCUACUUCAAAAUUCAAAUAAUGUUUUUCUCUCAUCUUCUUCUGCAACCCAACUCACUCACCUAUGCUUCAAAUAUUUUAACUGCUGAAAUAAACUAAUUCUAAAAGGAUCAAUGAAUACAACUUGUCAAAGGAUGAAUCUAUCUUUAGUUGAUUCAAAUAAUGUAUUUCUCUUGGGAAAUAUAGUUGAUUCACUGUUUUUAUCUUCUCAUGUAUGAUAUGAGGCACUAGCACUUUUUG